UCGUGUUUCCAGGGGGACGUUUUUCUUGGAGGUCCGAGGAAAUGUUCAACAUGUAGCUCACUGUGAGAGGACCUUUUUCUUUUGAGGAUUAAAAAGAGCAAGAUUUCGCCAUGGAGGGAACUUCCAAAAGCGAUGCUGCAGGUCAGCCCUCUGUUGCUGCUCAAGUUCCUUUCCUUCACCUGUGCAGCACAUUAGAGAAAAUCCAGAAGUCUAAACUCCGUCCAGAUAAAUCCAAGAUCCUCAGGGACUUCAUUGAGUCAUGGAGGAAGUUUCAUUCUGCCCUCCACAAAGACGACCCCAAAACAACAGACUCUUUCUACCCAGCUAUUCGUCUCAUUGUCCCCCCCUUUGAACGAGAGCGCAUGGCGUAUGGCAUCAAAGAGAGCAUGUUAGCUAAACUCUACAUCGAUGUAUUAGGCCUGCCAAAGAAUGGCCCGGAAGCCAAUAAACUGUUGAACUACCGUGCUCCGACUACGUCCCAAGGAGAAGCUGGAGACUUUGCUGGCAUGGCGUACUUUGUGCUGAAGAAACGGUGCACCAGCCAAGGAAACCUCAGCAUCAAAGAAGUCAAUGACUUUCUGGACUCGGUGGCCAUCAACAACGCUAGCAGGCAGAAGGAUCUUGUGAAAAAGAGCCUGCUGCACCUCAUCACCCAGAGCUCGGCUCUCGAGCAAAAAUGGCUCAUCAGAAUGAUUCUGAAGGACAUGAAGCUCGGGAUCAGCAAAGAAACUGUUCUCCAAGUCUUCCACCCAGAUGCUGCUGAGCUUUACAACGUCAACACAGACUUAAACAAGGUGUGCCAGCAGCUCCACAACCCCUCCGUUUCUUUAAGCGAAGUCUCUAUCGGACUGUUCUCUGCUUUCAAGCCUAUGUUGGCAGCUGUGGCGAACAUCCGCAAUGUGGAGAAACAGAUGGGAAACAGCCCAUUUUAUAUUGAGACAAAGCUGGAUGGGGAGCGUAUACAAUUGCACAAAGAUGGGGACGUGUACAAGUACUUCAGCCGAAAUGCCUUUGAAUACACCCAGCAGUUUGGAGGAUCCCCACUGGAGGGCUCCCUGACACCUUACAUCCACAACGUUUUCAAAGGCCACGUUGUAAACUGCAUCCUCGAUGGUGAGAUGAUGGCGUACAACCCGACCACUGAGACCUUCAUGCAGAAAGGGAGCAAAUUCGACAUCAAGAGACUCGUGGAAGACUCCGAGUUACAGACGUGCUUCUGCGUGUUUGACGUAUUGUUAGUCAAUGACCAGAAGCUUGGCAAGGAAACACUCAAGAAGCGCGACGAGAUCCUUCAGACAGUUUUCACCCCAGUAAAGGGAAGGAUACACCUGGUGCCAAAGACUGAUGCCAGAACCAUGCAGGAGGUUGUGAAUGCCCUCAAUGACGCCAUUGACAACAGAGAAGAGGGGAUCAUGGUGAAGGAUCCUUUAUCCAUCUACAAACCUGACAAGCGGGGGGAGGGAUGGCUGAAAAUAAAGCCCGAAUAUAUGGAUGGCUUGAUGGAUGAGCUUGACCUGCUGAUUGUUGGGGGUUACUGGGGGAAAGGGAGACGGGGUGGUAUGAUGUCCCAUUUCUUAUGUGCUAUUGCCGAAGCUCCAAAGCCUGGCGAGAAACCCUCAGUUUUCCACUCUUUCUGCCGCGUCGGCUCUGGCUACACCAUGAAAGAGUUGCACGACCUUGGCUUAAAGCUAGCCAAGCACUGGAAAGUCUACCGGAAAAAUGAUCCGCCUGCAUCCAUCUUGUGUGGAACAGAGAAACCGGAAGUUUACAUUGAACCCUGCAACUCAGUUAUCAUCCAGGUCAAGGCGGCUGAAAUAGUCGGUAGUGACAUGUAUAAAACCAACUGCACCCUGCGCUUCCCCAGGAUCGAGAAGAUCCGAGACGACAAGGAGUGGCACCAGUGCAUGACUCUGGCAGAGCUGGAUCACUUCCGCGGCAAGGCAUCUGGGAAACUCGCCUCGCGGCACCUUCACAUCGAUGAUGCCGAACCGCAAAAGAAGAAGCGCAAGCUGCCAUCGAAACCCAAGAAGGUGGUCGGGAUCAUCGACCACUUUAAACCCCAGGACCUCUCCGGGAUCACCAAAGAGACAGAUAUGUUCGAGGAUGUGGAGUUCUGUAUCCUGAAUGGCACAGAGGAUCACCCCAAGGCUGAGCUGGAGAAGGGUGUGGCCAGAUGUGGCGGUAUCGUGGUUCAAAACCCAGGACGGGACACCUACUGCGUGAUUGCUGGGGUGGAGAAUAUGCGCGUGAAGAACCUGAUUUUGGCCGACCAGCAUGACGUGGUGUGGGCCGCCUGGCUGCUGGAGUGCCUGCGCCAGAAGGAGGUGGUCCCAUGGCAGCCGUGUCACAUGAUCCACAUGUCGCCCUCCACCAGGGAGCACUUUGCCAAGGAGUACGACUGCUAUGGCGACAGCUACUUUGUGGAGACGGACGAGCAGCAGCUGCGGGAGGUGUUCGGCCGGAUCAGAAGCGUGGACGCGUCUGCGGCCGUGAACAUCGGCCAGGUGGAGCAGCGUUACGGCUGGGAGGACCUUCCCACCAGCAUGUUCAGACCCUUCAAGAUUUACAUGGACUGCUACGCCAACAUAGGAGACCCUGACACCAUCAUACCUGCCACCUGUUUGGACAUCCGCGCCCUGGAGUUUCGCUUCCAUGGAGGGACAGUGGUGCAGACGUUAGAGGAAGGAGUCUCCCAUGUCAUUAUCGCAGAGGAAACAAGACUUCCAAAUUUAAGGACUCUGAGGCGCGGCUUUAGGAAGAAGUUUAAGAUCGUAAGAGACUCGUGGGUGACGGAUUCAAUCAACGCAGGUUAUCUGAUGACUGACACCGACUACUUAGUUUGAAGAGUCUUCACGUGAUAUACACAGGCUAUAAGUUAGCUAUAUGAGCAUUUUUGUGCUAAAUUAGUGCUACCAUUUUAAUUCUUAUUAAGAUUAGUAAUGAACUAUUUUAUAAAGGUUGAAAAAUAAAAACGGUCAAAGUCACCAUCAAGGGUAAGACAAAUUAAGUGAUUUAAAAUGAUAUUGCACUGUACAUAGCUGUUGCUUCUCAGGGUUUCUUUAUGAGUUUUAUGUUUUGUGUUCUUAACGAGUGAUUAAGGCUUCUUGUUAUUGGUUUUAAAUUGAUAGGCUGCUGUAAAACUCAGAAAGGCAAUGAUUGGGUUUUUCAGUUUUAAAAGUUAGAAUUGCAUAGUGACGUAUUCAAAUAUGGAAGCUGAUUCAUCUUUUAUUCAGCAUCUCCGCCCUUUAAACUUUUAGCUGAGCAUUUAUAAACACAUUUUAGGGGAAGAAAAAGAGGGUUUCAUUCUAAAAACUAUGUGUAAUUUUUGGCAACAUAAAUUUGAAGAAAAUUAAGCUGCUUUCAUCUUGUUCUGUCUUUAGAUACAAAUCGAUAAAGUGGUCUACAGUGGACUGAUUAGGAUGUCAGUAAACAAUGACGAAUCUGUGAGUGCAAAGCGACUGGGGAAUACUCCACCGUGAUAAUCUAAAAUGGGCCCAUCCUUAUUUUUACAUUUUAAAAGGGACACUCCAUCAAUUUAGUAUUACACUUAGACAUCAUUUGGGGACUUAAAUGGUCAAAAUAAGCAGAGGCCAUGAUAUCCUGACUCCGCAGUAUGAGUCAAGCUUAAAAACACUGUAUAUCACAUUUUCCAUAAUGCAACUGAGUGGUGUCUUUCAUUAGACCUCUCUCGCCUCAAAUUAUUUUCAAACCCCAUACCUCUUUUUCUACUGAUUUCUGUCAAAAUGUUAUCAUCACUUUGACAUCAUCAGGGUUUUUCUAACUUUGGAGCGCAAAGUCAUUAGUAGUACUUUAUGUGACAAAUGAACCGAACUUCAUGGGCAAAAUUGGUGGAGUCAGACAAAGAAAAAAGGAUUAUUAAUGUUUGUUUAAAUACAUGUUAAGUACAACUCUAAUAAAUAUCUUGAAUUGGUUAAAAAUA